GUGCGAAGCACCGAGCGAUACGGACGUGUUCGUCUCCAUUGAGUCAGGAAUACCGCACAAGAAACAAGCUAAAUCCCCUUGAAGAUCAGUUCAAAUCGAAGAUCAGUUUCCUACCAAAAAAAAAAAAAAAAAAAAAACAAAUAAGAAGUGAGAUUUGUGCAGUGAAAAGUACUGAGAGAAAUCACCCAAAGAUUGUUAAAGACAAGUGAGAAGAAAAGUUAAGAUCCGAAAUCAAAAUGAACCACCUUUCGCCGCCGCCAUCGCCGCAUUCGCAGCAGCCGAGUCCAGCGGGAUUGGGUUGUCAUGGGGCAGCUGCUCUCGACAAGCAGUGGAUGCAACGGGCGUCCGCCUUCAACACUGUGAUUGCAUCCGCCGCAGCUCAGAAACUGAACGGAAGAGAUCUUCCCUUUCUGUACAACCCGCUGCUCUACUCGAGUGCCCUUCUGUGGCCCCAGUUCCUGUUGUCCUCGGCCACGGCCUUGGGCACUCCGCUGACCCCCAUGACCCCCAAGUCACCCGCCUCCGUGGUGCUGGGUCAGCGGGAUCGCGACUACGCCUUGACCCCCGAAAAGGAGCACGAGCUGCAGCUGAACGGGGAGGUGGAGAUGGGGGCCAAGCAGGAGGAGGAGGACCAGGAGCAGGAGCAGGACGAGGACAUGCCAUUGAACCUGAGCACCAAGGAGCGCAUCACAGCGACGGAUCUUUCUGGCCAGGAUCGCUAUCACAGCAGCAGCAACAACAGCAGCCGGAGCAGCUCCAGCAGCGAAGUGGAGCCCAUGACCUCACUGAAUGUGACCCCGCCUCCUUUGAGGGCUGUGAACCUUAAGAGUUCGGCAACUCCGCAGCAACAACAACGCCAGCGAUCCCAGGGCAACAUCAUCUGGUCACCGGCUUCCAUGUGCGAGAGAUCCGCGCGAAGGGAGCAGUUCGGCUUGAAGAUGGAGCAGGAGGAUGAGGAGCACCAGGUUGAUCCCAUUGUGAGGAAGUUCAAGUACGAGCGCAGGACCGCCUCUAUAUCCUCGCUGCAGUCUCCCAUCUCCUCGCUCUCCGCUCCCCCAUCGAAUUCCGUGCAGGAUCUGGAGUUCGAGGUGGCCCAGCAGCAACUGUAUGCCCAUCGCAGUGCCUUCAUGGCCGGACUCACCGGCAACAAUCUGGAGCUACUCACGCAGCACUUGCAGAAGCAGAAGAGCGAACCGCAGCAGCAGCAGCAGUCGCAUCAGCAUCAGCAUUCGCAUCAUCAUCGCAUCAAGGACGAGCAGCAGGACAGCCGAUCGGCAGCCGCUCUCAUGAAUUUGGUGGCAGCCGCCGAGUUUGGCUAUAUGCGUAAUCAACACCAGCAGCCGCAGCAGCAACAUCAGCAACAGUUGCAUCACCAACAGCAACAUCAGCAGCAGCAACAGCAGCAGCAGCAACAUCCUGACUCGACUGCCACAGAUGUUGCACGUCGUUCGUCCUCCUCGUCCUCUUACCAAGGAGAAGUCGAGGAGAAGCGCAGCGGCAGGAAUUUCCAGUGUAAACAGUGUGGCAAGAGCUUCAAGCGUUCAUCCACCCUGUCGACCCAUCUGCUUAUCCACAGCGAUACGCGGCCAUAUCCCUGCCAAUAUUGCGGCAAGCGGUUCCACCAAAAGUCCGACAUGAAGAAGCACACCUACAUACACACCGGCGAGAAGCCGCACAAGUGCACCGUGUGCCUGAAGGCCUUCAGCCAGAGCUCCAACUUGAUCACGCACAUGAGGAAGCACACGGGCUACAAGCCUUUUGGUUGCCUGCUCUGCGAUCAGUCCUUCCAGCGGAAGGUGGAUCUGCGGCGCCACCGGGAGAGUCGCCACGAGGAGGCGCCCGCCGUCGAGGAUCUGAAGCCACUCAAGAUGGAGGUGAGCAGCAGUAGUUGCUGACCCCGGCGAGGAGUUCUCUGAUCCCAGUAUUAGAUCGCAGGAUGGCAACAAACCAGUCGAAGGAGGAGUGAACUCUAACUCUAAGUCGUUGCUAUGAAGCCAAAGUUUGUUUUGUUUAGGCCUUCGCAAAGAUUUAUUGUACUGUAUAAGAGAUAUUGUUAAAUUUCACUAGCUAAGUUACUGCCGUAAGCCUGUACAUAAGACUCUUCUUGUAGCCGUUAAAAUGUAGCCUAAUUACUUAUCUUAUUUAUUGCAUUAACCCAUAUUGAUUUGGUUUAAAAAUAACCCAAAAUUGGCAGCUAAACGUACCAAAGAACAACCUCAAACAAAUGAAAACCCAUUCGGCGAACACUUGUCUAAAUUUAGUUUCCUAACUUAUUUAAGUUGAAUAAUGGCCAUUCCCCAUUUAUUUAUACAGUUUAUGCGAAUUUUUAGUUUACUCUUAUUUUAUAAUUUGCCCAAUGACUUUUAUUGUAAUUAUAUUUAUUAAGAAAACAUAUGAUUUUUUGGAAAAUAAA